CAUGGCCUCCUCAAGCCUAGCACGCUCCUAUCCGCCAUUGAUAGACCAAUGGCUAUCUCCUCCACAACCUUUGCUCCUCUUGCACUUGUUCUUCUCCUUCUUGGGAGCACCUCGGCGCAGCUCUCCACUAACUACUAUGCUUCGUCAUGCCCCAAAGUCUUCAGUGCUGUGAAACCUGUCGUGCAGUCUGCGAUCGCGAAGGAGAAGCGCAUGGGUGCCUCUCUUCUUCGCCUCUUCUUCCAUGAUUGCUUCGUCCAAGGUUGCGAUGGGUCCAUAUUAUUGGAUGACACAUCCAGUUUCCAAGGGGAGAAGACUGCAACACCAAAUAACAACUCGGUGAGGGGUUUCGAUGUCGUAGACAGCAUAAAGGCCGCAGUCGAGAAGGUGUGCCCGGGCGUUGUGUCUUGUGCCGACAUCUUGGCCAUAACCGCGAGAGACUCGGUGGUCAUUCUUGGAGGACCGAACUGGAAUGUGAAGCUGGGAAGGAGGGAUUCAACGACAGCAAGCUUUUCUGGAGCUAACAAUAACAUUCCUCCUCCUAACUCGAGCCUCAGCAAUCUCAUCUCUAAAUUUUCAGCUCAGGGUCUUUCUACCAAGGACAUGGUUGCCCUCUCUGGUGGCCACACCAUUGGCCAAGCACGGUGCACGAACUUUAGAGCCCAUGUAUACAAUGACACCGACAUAGACAGCUCCUUUGCCAAGACAAGGCAGAUGAAUUGCCCGAGCACGGCCGGCUCCGGCGACAACAACUUGGCACCCCUGGAUCUCCAGACUCCGACUUGCUUCGACAACAAUUACUACAAGAAUCUCAUCAACAAGAAGGGCCUCCUCCACUCAGACCAAGAGCUCUUCAAUGGUGGAUCCACCGACUCCCAAGUUACGACCUACAGCAAUAACCCUAGCACGUUCAACUCUGACUUUGUCACCGGCAUGAUCAACAUGGGAGACAUUAACCCCCUCACAGGAACACGCGGUGAGAUCAGGAAGAAUUGCAGGAGGGUUAAUUAAGGGAGACAAGUGGCACUUUGAUGGUUGGUUAUACCACCUUAGAAAUUGAUAACAGGAAAGGUGUUUAAAGCCAUGAGAUUGGCUCUCUUUUUUAUUCGAAAACCAUCGUUGUGCUCUGUAUCUUCAUGUUUGUUUUCGUCUGUCAGUGUAUUAAGAAUUCCACUUUGGCGGUCAGGUGUGUUUUAAGAGCAUUGGUUAUUGAAGCAUAUGAUAAUGAUUAUUAAGUUGCCAAAUUAAUCAAAGUUAUUACAAGUCUCAA